GUUUAUUCAGUCAAUUUAAAAGGUCAUUGCUCGGAACCAUUGUUGGGGGAAGGAUUUCCGUGUGGGACAGCUGAGUGCCAAGAUGGGGGACGUCCCAGACAACGCACCUGAUCACUGCCCGGGUACACAGAGUGACCAGGCUGGAAAGUCCGCACCAUGUCAAGGUUGUCCAAACCAAAAGCUUUGUGCUUCUGGAGCCACGAAGACACCAGACCCUGCCAUUGCAGAGAUUGGGGUGAAGUUGUCUAAAGUGAAGCACAAGAUCCUUGUCUUAUCAGGAAAAGGAGGUGUAGGGAAGAGUACGUUCAGUGCUCAUCUGGCUCAUGCUUUAGCAAGCGAUGCAUCGAAGGAGAUUGCUCUGCUGGAUGUAGACAUCUGUGGUCCAUCAAUUCCACGGAUCAUGGGCUUGGAGGGUGAACAAGUACAUCAAAGUGGUUCUGGUUGGUCUCCUGUGUACGUGGAGGACAACCUUGCUGUCAUGUCAAUUGGAUUCCUGCUCAGCAGUCCUGAUGACGCUGUCAUAUGGAGAGGGCCAAAAAAGAAUGGAAUGAUCAAGCAGUUCCUGAGGGACGUAGACUGGGGAGAACUGGACUACCUGAUUGUGGACACUCCUCCUGGCACUUCCGAUGAGCACCUCUCUAUUGUCCAGUACCUGAGUGCCACUAAUGUUGAUGGUGCUAUCAUCAUCACCACUCCGCAGGAAGUGUCCCUGCAGGACGUGAGGAAAGAGAUACGCUUCUGCCAAAAGGUCAAGCUACCAAUUAUCGGCGUGGUGGAGAAUAUGAGCGGCUUUGUGUGUCCUAAAUGCCAGAACCCGUCACAGAUCUUUCCUCCAACCACUGGCGGUGCUGAGAAUAUGUGCGCAGACCUAAGUCUGCCCCUGCUGGGUAAAGUACCGCUUGACCCCAGGAUUGCACGGAGCUGUGACGAAGGCACAUCUUUCCUCAACAAAGUGCCUGACUCUCCUGCUACCAAAGUCUAUUUGAAGAUUGUGCAGAGUAUCCAGGACUAUUGUUCCAACCAUCUUCAAGAAAUCCAAAGCAUCAGUUGAUCCAUCAUGUUGGAGCAGAGUUUAUUUUGGCUCGCAAUUGAGGAAAAACAAUAAAGAUGUUUCUUAAAGCUUCAACAGACAAGCUUAACUCGUAAUAACUAGUCACUAGAAAACUACAUUUGCUCAAUCUGAGGAUGAAACCCGAUUUGUUUUUCACUGGAUUAAUAAAGAGAUUCAACACCGUGGUGCAGUUGGCGUCAUAACACUGUCAUCGAUGGAUUGUCAGUCUGGUUUGUUUCGGCAGACACCCGGUUGGUAACCUAUACAGUAUGUGCUGGCAGGGUUGGGAGAAAAACCUGCACUGCCGCCCUUUUGGGGAUCCAUUUGUUUGGGAGCAGUACGUAAUUUAGAAGAAAAUGUGAAUUGAUAAGCCCCUUAAUGGCUCAAGUGAUGUAACCAACAUUGUUCUUAAGAUGAGAAGAUAGAACUGAUCCACAAUACAUGCAUUGC